CAUGGCACCGCGUCAUAGUGACCAGAGCGGACCGACCGAAGGGCUAGGCGGAAUCUGCCAUGUAGCUAGCGGCUAGUCCUGUGUCUAUCCCUAGCUAGCUUUUUAGUAAAUCCCCCACCCCAAUUAGAGGCCAAUAAAUGACCAAUAUCCUAAAUAGAUAGCUAAAGAGCCAUGGAUAUAUUCUGGUAUAACUGCAGGGUUAAAUGUUACUAAGGUACGGGAGGCUGUUGUUGUUAGCUAGGUUGCUAAUUUAGCUAACGUCGUUAGCUAUAUAACUAGCUAUACAGAGCUAACGACCCACGGUGCUAGGUAGCGAGACAAACAGCUAGACAUCUAAGACUAGUUAGCUAUCAACUUGACCAGACAGAGACUAUUACGCGGAAAGGGAGAAGUCAUGGAGACGUGACGCCAAGGUAAUCUUAACGAGAAUCUCCUGUCAGAGGGACAACAUGGAUACGGAGAACAUUCCACACCCUUACGAGGACAACCGAGAUGCGGAGCGCCAGAGUCGUCAGUCCCGCAGGAGCACUGCUGGGAAAGGUUCCGAGGCGUCGCUACGAACUCUGAAACGGGACAAGAGUCGGGACGGCGAAAGAGAUGAGAGGGACAGCUGUGCUGGGGACCAGGCUAAGACACGGACACAGGAACUAGAUCCUGACCGGGAUCGCAUGUCAGACAGAGAGCAUAGGAGGAGCAGCUCAUUCUACUCUGAAGACUACGAGAACCUAACACCCUCGGAACGCACGCUGUCGCCCUACUCCCGUACACCCUCCCCCAGCCCUCGCAGAAAGGGACCUCGCGCCAAGAGGGUCUCCAGCAGUCCUCUACACAAAGCAGGUGUGCGUCGGGGUGUGUAUCGCCCUCCCCGUUUGGGUGCCCAGCCCCAGAGGCCUCAGCGUUGGGGGGUACGCACCGAGUCCCAGAGCCUGAUCAAGGACUCCACGGCGCCCCCUAAAGAUCUUGACCUGGUGACCAAGCGCAUGCUGUCGGCCCGCCUGUUGAAGAUCAACGAGCUACGCAACGCCCUGGCAGAGCUUCAGCUCCACACUGACCAGCUAACCAAGGAGAACCGCAUCCUCAGACAGCUACAACACCGGCAGGAGAAGGCGCUGCAGCGAUACGACGACACGGAGAGCGAGAUCGCCCAGCUGCUGUCGAGCCACGCUAACGAGACCACAGCUCUGCGGGAACGUCUACGGCGGACACAGGAGAGGGAGAGGGUCACUGAGAGGCGACUCAAAGACACACAGGAGCAGCUGCAGCGUAGCCAGUCGUCCCUGGGUCGUCUGAGGCGUCUGGCAGAACAGCAGGAGCUAGGUCCCAGGGAGGAGCUCACCAGGAGACUGGAGCAGGAGAGAGUCAAGGACCAGGAGAACCAGCUGAAGAUCAAGGAUCUGGAGCGCAGAGUGGAACUGAGCAGCAGUAGUUAUCAGAGGCAGCUAGCUACAGAGAGGAGGAAGACCAUCAGUACCCAGGACCGGGUCUCAGACCUACAGGAGGAGGUGGAACGGCUCACCAACAAACUCAAGGAGAAGGAGAGGGAACUGGACACUAGGAAUAUCUAUGCCAACCGCUUGUUGAAACCAUCGCCCAGGAACAUAGACAACACCACAAAGAGGAAAGGCCCCAGUAAGUCCAGCUCUAAGGCAGUACAGACAGUGAACGAGAACUUGAGUCUAGACUUCCCGUCACCGCCCCCGGCCGUCACCGACGGCAACUAUCACUACAACGACCAAGCCCCUGAUGACUACCUGACACUCAAGCCAGGUGUCUCUGGUACACCUUACAGCUCUAGGGAGGUUGACGUAGCAGAGCGAAGGCCGAAGGAGACUGAGGAGAGAAAGGAGAGAGAGGAGCGAGAGAGGGUAGAGAAGGAGAGAGAGAGGGAGAAGCAGAGGAAUGACCCAGAGUUGGACACACUUGAGGAAAAGAACAAGAGACUGAGAGAUGGCUGGGAGAAAGAGGAGGAGGAGAGUAAGAGGCGGCUCUAUAAGGAGGAAGAGAACAGGAAGAGGCGUGGCCAAGUCCAGGAAGAGGUUGCGAGGCGGAACCAAGAGGCGCUAGCCAGUCAGGAAGUGGCGGAGGCAGAGCGUCGCAGGAAGGAGCAACUAUUGGCAAAGCUGAGGGAAAUUGACAAGCAGAACGAGCCACCCCAGAACGCUGGGCUGUUCUCCGAGGUUGACCCAGAACCCCUAGAGUCUAGCUCAGGUUCCACUGCACGUUCUCCUCCACGGUUCUCCGACCCACGGAACCAGAACCCUUCCAUCUUCAGCUUCACUGAGCCGGAGGAGAUGGGCGGUCUGCGUGGGGGGGCGGGGAGCAGGGAGGGGGGCAAGUCAGGGCGAGGGGGGCCAGAGAGCGGUUUGGGUCCAGGGGCGGGGACAGGAACUGGGAGGAGAGGGGUGAGGGCUCAGAACUCAAACGAGGACCUGGCUUUCGGUAGCUACGCCCCGUCCUUUGGACGGCCGGCCCCACGAGGGGGUACAGGCUUCCCAACCCCACCCCCUCCCUCGGCUCUGGACGCGCUGCUGGGGCGGUCAGAGAGAGAGAAGGAGAGAGGAGGCCUAGGACCAGGUCUGGGAAAGGAGAGGAAAUCCACUUUGUUGCAGCAGCUCUUUGGCCCCCCAUCCAGUCCCUCCCCGAUCUCCGACAGCCCCCCAGAUGUCCUCCUUAGCCCUCCCACUUCCACCCUCACCGGUCCCCGCAACUGCAGAGAAGGUUUUUUUCCCUUUGAGCACAAGUCCCCUGCCCCCGCAGGUCCCCUUGCACCUUUCCUUUCCUCCCUCCACGUGACCGAGAGCAGGCCAACCGUACGAGCCAUUGCGUCCUUCGACGACGACAUCGAGGAACUCAAACUUUGAUCAAAUCAAUUUUUUUUUCAAAUGAUUCGUCUGUUGAGUAGGAACUCGCGGUCUGAUUAGUCAACGAAGGAGGAAGUGACACUUGGAUUUGGCCGUUGAGGCUGUUAAUCACUAUACUAAGGGUGGACCCGGUGGUUGGGUUUUCACAGGGUUUUAAAAGCACUAAGUCAUAUUUGUUAUGAUAUCAGAUAAAUCUAAGCCUGGUUAUGGACUGUUUAAUCUGAUAGAUAAAUGUCUCUGUGUGUGUGUCAACAUCAUGUGUGUAUGUUGCUCAGGGGAGUCUGUAAAAUCAGGGAAGAACGUCAACGUUUUCAGACAGACUUAGGCUCCGUCUCAAAUGGUGCCCUAAUGAAGACAGCUGUAUCGUUGACAGCUAUAACGUUGACAGCUAUAACGUUGACAACUUUAACGUUGACAACUUUAACGUUGACAACUUUAACGUUGACAGCUGUAACGUUGACAGCUAUAACGUUGACAGCUAUAACGUUGACAACUUUAACGUUGACAACUUUAACGUUGACAGCUUUAACGUUGACAGCUAUAAUGUUGACAGCUAUAAUGUUGACAGCUAUUACGUUGACAGCUAUAACGUUGAAUGAUGCCCUGAUAAAGCAUCUAUAACGUUGACAACUUUAACGUUGACAGCUUUAAUGUUGACAGCUGUAUCGUUGACAGCUGUAACGUUGACAACUUUAACGUUGACAACUUUAACGUUGACAGCUAUAACGUUGACAACUUUAACGUUGACAGCUAUAACGUUGACAGCUAUAACGUUGACAGCUAUAACGUUGGCAGCUUUAACGUUGAAUGAUGCCCUGAUGAAGCAUCUAUAACGUUGACAACUUUAACGUUGACAGCUUUAAUGUUGACAGCUGUAUCGUUGACAGCUGUAUCGUUGACAGCUGUAACGUUGACAACUUUAACGUUGACAACUUUAACGUUGACAGCUAUAACGUUGACAACUUUAACGUUGACAGCUAUAACGUUGACAGCUAUAACGUUGACAGCUUUAACGUUGACAACUUUAACGUUGACAACUUUAACGUUGACAGCUAUAACGUUGAAUGAUGCCCUGAUGAAGCAUCUAUAACGUUGACAACUUUAACGUUGACAGCUGUAACGUUGACAGCUUUAACGUUGACAGCUGUAUCGUUGACAGCUGUAACGUUGACAGCUUUAGCAUUGACAGCUUUAGCGUUGACAGCUUUAACGUUGACAGCUGUAACGUUGACAGCUGUAUCAUUGACAGCUAUAAUGUUGACAUCUGUAUCGUUGUCAGCUGUAAGGUUGGUUAUUGAAUUGUUGCAUCAGAGAUACACUAUCUAUACAAAAGUAUGUGGACAGCCCUUCAAAUGAGUGGAUUUCACUAUUUCAGCCACACCCGUUCCUGACAGGUGUAUAAAAUUGAGCACACAGCAAUGCGAUCUCCAUGGACAAACAUUGGCAUUAGAAUGGGCCUUACUGAAAAGCUCAGUGACUUUCAACGUGGCACCGUCAUAGGAUGCCACCUUUUCAACAAGUCAGUUCGUCAAAUUUCUGCCCAGCUAGAGCUGCCCCGGUCAAUUGUAAGUGCUGAUAUUGUGAUGUGGAAAUGUCUAGUAGCAACAACGGCUCAACAGCAAAGUGGUAGGCUACACAAGCUCACAGAACGGGACAGGCGAGUGCUGAAGCGCGUAGCGCAUACAAAUCGUCUGUCCUCAGUUGCAACACUCACUACCGAGUUCCAAACUGCCCCUGGAAGCAACAUCAGCACAAUAACUGUUAGUCAGGACCUUUAGGAAAUGGGU